CCCAGAUUAAUUUCUCCUCUUGCAUUUGAAUCAAAUUUGGAACUCGACACGUUGAACUACACGGGCGUCAAGUACAAUUUCGAAGAUCUAUUCGGCAGUCUGUCAGGAGUAACCCAUUUGAACCUUUCAAUUUUAGUCGUGAACAACAUUCCCUCUGGUCAAAUCUCGCGCACACUCUCAUCGCAACAUGUGAGAAAUAUCCAAAACCUCCAGCAUUUAAAGGAGCUCCACCUGGAAGGUAACUGGAUUUCAACCGUCAGCUUCGACUUCGUAAAGGGGCUACCGAGUUCACUUAGAAGAAUAAAUCUGAGCAGAAAUAAUCUGUACCGCGACAACAGCAUUUUGAAAUACGUUUACACUUCCCAAAAUUUAGCGUACUUGGAGAUUUUAAACGAGGAUUUGGAAAACACUUUUUCCGGUCUGGACACGGUGCCACACUUUGGUGCGAGCGACUCGUGCCAAUGCGAUAUACUUACCCCGGAAAGCGACAACACCGUAAAGAAUCCUUCUCCACAACAUUUACAACAUUCUAAAAUUA